CCCAGUUGCAUCCGAACGCUUCAGCCGUAAACGUUAUCGACACUGGCAACGCGCAAAUUAAGCUGGCCACCAUGGUGACCAAUGCGACAACCAACAAUAACAACCUGCAGGCGAACAACAACAGCUCAACGCCAAACAAUAACAACGAUGACUUUGACAUUGACCAGGACGAUGGCCUCCAGGAUCUGGGUUUGCCCGUAUCCGUGCAGACAUUCCUCUGGCGCCAAAUAGCGCCCUUUAUAAGGCCGCGACUGGGCAAACUGCAUGAGGCCAGCUGCAUGUUUUGUCAACACGCACCGGGACACCAUGAAUCCAAAGAAGCCUGCAAGUCCUUUGAGAAGGUGCUGGUCCAGAAUAUUCAGUUCGGCCUCUCCCCGCCGUUAACUAAGGCCCUGGGCGCCAUUCCACGUUGGCGUCUUCUACAGGGCGCCCUGCCGCAUGUCAUGCACGCCUGCGCAGCUUUACUUUACUGCCGCGUAAAGGACAUGCAGGCCAUUGGGCCGGUCGAAACCAAGCUGCUGUACACUAUGCAAUGGAUAUUACUCUAUGCAGCUGAGGAAUGCGCCGAUGACGAAGGAGGCGAUGAUCUGGGCUUGGCUGAAGCUGCAGAGCCCAAGCCCAAGGCUAUGGAUCAGUAUUUGUUCUCGGUGCCAACUAUAACGCUCUUUGUGUAUCUGUUUGCGCCCAUCAUACAUCAUCUCAAAGAAUCGGACUUUCAAAACUUUCGCCUGGAGAAUGGCAUUAAACUGUGGCAGGGCAUGUGGGACAAUCGAGCACCGGGUGCUCCAUGUUUCACCGCGCCCGUGAAGCCCAAAGCCCGCAACUUGCUGUGCGCACCCACGCCAAAGGGUUCGACGGAUGUGUUUCAGGGUCGCAAGCAUUCCCUGGGACCCGACGCCAUGUCCCCCAAGGCGGACUCGCCGCAGAGCGGCCUCACUGACUACGGCCCGCAGGAUGAGGAGGGCUCCUGGGUGUCUUCGCCCAAGGAAUUUUUCCCAGAGACCAUACCCGAAGAGGCUUCCAGCGUCGAGGACGAGCGUGUUGUCAUCUUUAGGCUGCCCUCCGCACCGCAGCUCAUGGAUAACUCUUUCUUUACGGCUGAUGCCAGUUUGCUACAGCAGCAGCAGCAACAGCAGCAAUCGCAAAGCCGUCGGGGCAGCCAUCAAUCAAUGAACUCACGUGACAAAGAGAAGGCACCUUCCACCAAGUUUGAGUUUGAUCAACAGGAAUUGACGCGUGGCGCUUCCAUGAAGGAGAAACGCAGCGCCUCCAUUGAAAAGGAAUCGGAAACGGAUAAAUCUGAGAGUGCCAAAGCGGAUGUCUCGGCUGCCACCUUUCUGGAUGUAGCCGUACUCAGAUGCCUCUUCAUCUCGCACUGGCAGGAAGAAGGCAUCUUCUGGAGCCUACAGUACCUUUACAACAGACUCAGCGAAAUUGGCGAGGAUGCAGCCAUCACAUUGAAUCAGCCACGAAAACGCUCCAACUCGCUGCCCAUACCACAAAUCGAGAUUUCACUGUACCAGGGUCCGGGCAGCAACAGUCGGGAUAGUCCGGGCAGCUCUGUGGUCAAGGAUUACAUUGAAAUACCCGAGCCAGCAGCAACUGUGCAGACCGGUGUAGUUGAGGAGUCUCCGACCAUGCCUAGCACUUCGGAACGUCGGGGCAGCGAGAAAAAGAAGCGUGUAAAAAUGGCCGAUCUACGGGCAUUUGUGGAAACGAAAAUGUUCUCGAAAUCGGAAAAGAACUUGGAAAAAGUAGGGCUCGAUACAAACUCUGCCAAUGGCAAGAAUCCACUGCAACAUGCAGAAUAUCAUCGUAGCCUCGACACGGGAGAGAAGAAACUGUCACGAUCUGCCUCAAUGAUAACCCGAGAGCCAGCCAGUAAUCUCAUCAAGGGAAAGUCUAUGCCCAGCUUAAGCUGUCUGCUUGAUAGCGGAUUUUACAGAUACGUAGAACCGCCGAAGGCGUCAAGGCCACCACAGGCCACGUGUCCACGAUCCACAGCUUUCUAUCCACGCAAUCCCAUCAUCACCGUUACAGAGCAUACGCCCACCCCGUCGCCGGAUUAUAUGAAGCGACAGGGCUCAAUUGAUUCACAGUUGGAUGCACUGAGCAAUGGUGGUAGCAUUGCUGGCGCUGGUGGUAAUGGCAGCGCUGGUGGUGGCAGCAGUACCACGCGCAUUCGCGGACCCAUGCUGCGCUCACACACGGACUCCCACAUUGACUAUACGGGCGUGGAUGAGUCGGAGGCGCCAGGCUCCUCCUUCUAUAUAACUCGCGAUGGCGGCAUCGACUAUGAGAUCGUUCUGCUGGCCGUCAGCAGCGUGUUCAAGCGGGAUCCGUCCCAGGUCUGCUCGCUGCGCGUGCUGGAGGCGGGCCUAAAUAUCUGCGAGCUGCUCAUCGAGAUGGGCGUCCUUAAGCUGGGCGAGCAUGCGCAUGAGAUAUCGAUGGGCAUAACACGACGUGCACUCCAGGUGCUGGGCUGUCCCCAUGGCUGCAACGAUGGUGUUCGCGGUCCUCCCGCUGAUUUUCUGCGUAAUCAGUGCCAGAAGAUUAUCGCGCGUAUGUUGCGCCAGGCCGGGCAGCGCACCAAACGCUAUCUCCAGGAGAUGGUCAGGAUGUCGCCGCUUCCGGAGCUCAUUGAUUAUUUUCAUGCAUUUCUGGCUUUCUGCGUGGAUCCCAGUUCGUUGCUGUCGCCUUUGACUCAUAAACGUCAGAGUGGAUAUAAAAAUGUUAACACCGAUCUUGGCGGUGUACCAGGUCAGGGCGGCUAUUCCACAAAUUUUAGCGGCGGCAUGAGCGGCGGCGCCGAGGGUCAAGUGGUUGGCGCCAUAUUCAAGCAGCUUGUCAGUCGGUUUGUCGAUGCCAGCAAGGAUCUCAAAUUGCCGGAGAAUGUUGCACUCUAUGGCGACAUACGCCAGCUGGUCACCUAUGUAAAGGGCGCACAUGGUGGUCCAUUUCGCUUGGUGGCACUCAGCGGCAUAUUGGCGGUGACGCCGCGUCCCCACAAGAAGGGACCCACAGCACAGACCACCAGGGUAAUAAGGCACAUACCCCAGGCAAAUGCUACGCAAGUGGUACAGAAUGACGACAAUCGUUCGCAGCGCCGGCUGCUGCUCAAGAAACGCAGCACAUCCUCUGCCUGCGCCGUGAGUUUGCUGGAGACGGAGCCGUGCGAUGAGCACUACAAGACCAGCCAAUCGCCACUGAGCAACUUUAGGCGCCGCACAACUGGCGUCCGACCCACCCUGACACCAAGGCACAGUGAGCGAGCGCUACUCUCCGAUUCCACGUCCAGCUCAGAACGCAAUUCGCUGGGACGGCUCAGCGGCUUGGUGCGCUGGUUUCGAGGCACGCCCAAAGAGGCGUCAUCGAUUGACCUGGAGAUAGGCUCGCUAAAUCCCGAGAUAUCCUCCACAUUCAUGCGGCAUGCCUCGCUGAAGAUUCAACGGGGUCGUUCCAGCGACGGCAUCGGCCGUUCCAUACAGCGCGCCAAGCGACGCGUCGAGCGACGGCUGAACCGUUUCGGCGGAAUUGUGAAGGGCAAAAAGAAGGUGGGCGGCAUCGAAGAGACAGCGGAUUACAGUCGACGCAGCUCGUCCGACAUGUGCGACGGCCCGCGUGAAUCCGAGGUGGUCAUACUCAAAGAGCGCAAACUGGUGCCUACUGAGCCGGUGCGCGUUGGCAUGCUCCGCUUAUCCUUUCUGCUGGAGACAUGUGCGCCAGGCACCUUUCCAGAUCCCCAGCUGAUUGCAGCCGUCUUGGAUUUGCCCCAAGCGCCGUUGAUCACGCGUGCCACCUUUUUGCUGGAGUGCGCACACUUUGUGCAUCUGUGCAACAAGGGUCAGUGGCCCAUUUGGAUGAAGCAGAAUGUUGGCGGCUAUCGUGCCUCAGGCGCCAACAUAAAUCCCUCACAGAUGAAGCAACAGGUCAGCCAGACGAGUGCCCGGCGCACACACAUUCUGCUGCGUGCCGCGGGCAAAAUGUUUCAUCAGUGGGCGGAGAUGGUGGGCGCGCGUCUCGAGGAGCUGCUCUUCACCGAACGACUGCAAUACGAGGCGUUGAAUGCAAGUCUAACGGAUCCAGAGAAACAGCGCGAGCUCCUGCAGCAGGAUGAGGAGGAGGAUUUUCUGGACGAGACCUCUGUUAAUCCGCAUGGCAAUGACUGCCCGCAUGCACUCAAGCUAAUUGCCUGCGUGCUGCUUUUCGAGAUUACGGCUUUUUUGCGAGACACCUAUAUCACACUGCCCAAAACAUCGAAGAUGCUGCACCGCGACCGGCCCGCACCCUGGGAGAAGGUGUACCGUGAGGCCAAUAGACGCUGGUCCAUGGCGCUCAGCUCCAUGGGCCACUCGCAGACCUCUGCACAGAGCCUGCAGUCCAUAGCAGCGGGCAACGAUGGCGCCGGCCAAACGGAGCGCAAAAUCUCCUUUGUCCUGCACGAGCCGGACAACGAAUCGGAAAACAGCAGCAACACUACCCUAACCAAGGAAGGCAAGGAGGGCGAGGAGGCAGCUCGUCGUCCUACCGCCUCGACAGUGCGUCCGUUCCUGCUGCGACGCGGCACGGCCACCACAACUGGCGGUUCCUUUAAGCGUCGCUCGCUCAAGCUGCGUCGAAAUACCAAGGACAGCAAGGAUAUUGAAACAGAUUUCAACAUGCAGUCGCGGCGUAAGGUUUCCUCGCUUUCGGACCGCAGCGAUACCUCCGAGCAAGGCGUCAUCAGUGGGGGCGAGGAAUCGCCGGGCAUACUCAGCGAUGAUCAGCAGCCGGAAUCGCCAACAGACUCUAAUGAGAACGACGACACGGCCAAGAACAUGCCCUGGCUAAAAGCUGUCAUUGAUCUGUUAACCAGCUACAAUUACUACUGCACUCACAGGGGCUACUGUCAUCCCUUCUGCUACAAGCGGCACAUGCGCUCCUGCACCCGGCUGAUUAAGGCAACGCGUAAGGUUUAUGGUGAGGAAUUCGGUUUCACUUUCGAUGCGGAUCAUCCCAACGUGGAGCCCACUGUCAUUAGCUCCAGCAAGGGCACAGCUCGACCUCGUUCGACCCGCAAAGUGUCAGAGCAAAGCUCCACACAAACGUCUCCGUCCAAGCGCAAGGACAGUUUGUCCCGUAAAGAUCGCAUCAGCGAUGAUCCGGACAUUGAAAUGGCUGAGAAACUGGCGCGCGCCUUUCGCCAGGAGAAGGAAAAGAAACUGCAGGAGGAGCCACCUAUACUGAAGUUCAUACGCAUUCACAUACGCAAUCUGUUCCACUUUCCGCUGACCACCAUGCUGAAGGGCGCGGUGGUGCUCACCGAGGAGCUGGUAAUUGAGGCCAUGCCAGCCGCUUGGGAGCUGCUUCUGGAGACCAACCACGACACAGCCACCUCCAGUGCGGCUGUCUUCCUUAUGGGCUCGGUGAAGGCACAAAAUUUUGCCUUUGACAUUAUGCAGCGCGCCCUGAAGCACAAGAAUCCGGAUAUACGCAUUGGUGCGAUUCAGCGCUAUCUUGUGCUUUGGAAAUGCCGCUUUCAUGUCUGGCCACGCAUGGAGGACAAUGCGCACGAUGCUACCUUUAAGGUGCCACCAGGAGGCAUAGAGUUUACGCUGCCCUCGCCCAAAAUAGGCAUCGAGAGUCUGCCCGUUGUGGAUCCGCCCUGGAUGCCCGUCCAGCAGACCAAGGAUAUGGAUAUGACACUCAACCAGGACAGACAUCGUUCGCUGGUGACCGCCACGAAGAGCCGCAAAAUGCAACAAACGGAAGCGAUUCGGAAUGCUCUUCGCCAGCAGCGUGACAAACAGCGCGCGGAGAGGCACAGCUUUCUCAUCACCAUGAUACCCAUCAGCCAGCAGGCGUCUCAUGAGCCAGGCAUGGAGCAUGAGGAUCAUGAAAUAGAGGAGGAUCUGGAUGGCACACGUGCCUCUUCGCACCUACAUCACGCCCACUCGCUGUUUCCAUCUGUGCUGUGCUCCUCUGUAAUGCAGAUUGUGGGCUGUCUGGAUGAUGCAGCCAUUGGCUCCGAUGGCAAUGCCGUUUACGAGGUGGCCUAUCAGGUAAUCUGGGUAUGCCUGGUUGAGGAGUCAGCCUUGUUCUUGCGCUAUGUGUUCGAGCGCCUCACACGCGAUCGCCAGGAUCAGAUGUUCAAGCUGUUGCGACAUUUAAUACGCUUCGUGCCGCGCCUGCCGCAACAGGCCGCAUUUGCCCUCUACAACUCCAUCAUUGGCUAUAUAAUGUUCUAUGUGCGCUCCUCCAAUGAGCUCAAACAGGAGCUGGUGGGCUCUGCUUUAUCCGUUCUGUGGAUGGUGGUGCACUCGGUGCAUGGCAUCAUGUUCAAGGAUCUGAAGCAAAUAUUGCGCAAGGAGCAGUGCGAUGCAUCCAUUCUGCUCACAGCCAAUGUGCCUGCCGCCAAAAAGAUUGUGGUGCACGGCCCGGCGGAUGAUGACUACAAUAUACCCUCGCAGUUUCCUGUGCAGGAGGACACGCUAUUCUGCCAACUGCUGAAGGAAGCUUUAGACUAUUAUCCCAUCGAUGAGAAAAGCAUUACGCAUUACUGCCUGGUCGACUACAAAAGCAACAAAAUACUCAAUCCCAACUGGUAUAUACGGGAUCUUUACUUCUUCAAGCGCUCACAGUAUCCAGAGGUGCGUUUAAUGCUUAUGCGCCCGGAGGAGUCCUUUCUGGCACUGCAAAAACAGGAGCUAACGAAAAAAUUUGUCGAAAUUGGCAAGGUGCAUUUAACCUGGGCUAUACUCAAAAAUGUGGACAUGGUUGUCCAGCGAGUUGUUUUUCUGCACGAGGAGCUAAUGAAGUUGCCGUCGUUUCCGCGCAAGGCGCUCGAAGUGGAUCUAGAUCUGCAUCAUGGUGGCGAAUAUGGCAAGGUGCUGCUCGGCCUGGACGUGCUGCACAAGUUCAUGUGGGUGCGUUUGAUAGCCCGCAUGUUUGAGGCCAUGGCUGGCAACUUUGCCUACUCGGCGGACAUACAGCUGUUCCUAAACGUGCUCUCCGGCGCAUCCAUACUGCAUGCUGAGGACUCAUGCAUCAUGCGCUAUGUGAUGGCUACAUUCAUCAAUGCUGCCUUCAACUUUAAGAACAUAUUCUCCACGAAUGGCUAUUUCAUGAUCAUGCCCACUUUGCUUCAGGUGUACUCCCUCCAUCAGACCAACAAGCUAAUCACCACUACCAUCGAGUACGCCGUAAAACAGUUCUAUCUUCUCAAUCGGAAGCCCUUCAUCCUGCAGAUGUUUGGCUCCGUUUCGGCUAUACUAGACACGGAUGAGGAUGGCACCUAUGGCGAGGCACAUAAGGUCCAAUCCAGCUGCUUGUUCAAUCUGCUGCUCAGCCUUGAGGAUCCCUCACCAGAUCCGUUGAAUAUAGCCGAACUGGUCAAGGAACCAAAGCCCCUUAAAGCCAUUGACUUUUGUUAUCACGACGAGGACGACGAUGUCACCGUGCUGGACUGCAUCACUCUGUGCGUAAUGGUCGUCUCAUACUCGGCAGAGAGCACGCGUGGCUACCAAAUGCUGAUCAUUUUGGAGGCAAUACUGCCCUGUUAUCUACAGCAGAUCCAAUCUCCCAGCUAUAUACCACUGCAGGGAAAAUCCGAACGGGAUAUAAUACUCCAACUGGCUGUAGCCAUACGCACCAUGGUGCAUAACUGCGAGGGCCUGGCCAAGAGCUACAAUGGGCCCUAUCGCAACAGUCCGGAGCAUAAGGGUUCGUCGCAGCGCAACUGCAGUCGCGGACCGCCCUGCUCGCCGGGCAUGGACUUUGAGGAGGAAUCGCAUACGAAAUAUGCAACAGAUCCGCGAACUAAAAACAUGAUGGACUCUGCCGAGGAUUCGGAAAUGAUACGCACCGAGUACCGACGUCCCAGGGAUGUUCUGCUCUCCGUUGUCGCUGAUUUUCUAAUCAAGUCCACCACACGGCUAUUCGAGCUGGCCAAGAAGCUGCCGGCGAACGAUAGCAAGCCCACAGAGGUGCUGGACGCCAAAUGUCACAUACGCUUGGCGGAUAUUGCGCAUUCGCUGCUGAAGGUGUCACCCUACGAUCCUGAGUCCAUGGCCUGUCGUGGCCUGCAGCGGUACAUGCAGUCGGUGCUGCCGCGGGCCGAGUGGUCAAAUGAUACACUCCGGAAUGCUUUAGUAACGGUGCUUCGCCGUAUCGACAAGGUGUUUCUUAAGAUAUCCAAGAAGCCCUCGAUACGCCGCAAUACGGACUGGGAGGCGGCCGCCGGACUACUCAAGGGUAUACACGAGACAAUCAUUAGGCAUCCUUAUGUCCUGCACUGGCAGCAGAUGAAGACUCUGAUCUCAACCGUGCAGAAUCUGAUUGUCAAUGAGCCGGGCAGCGGCGGCAUACCCGAGGGUGUGUCCAGCGCAGGUGCAGCGCUCAUGUCUCAGAAUCCGCCGGCCUUUUUCUGCUCGGCGGUGGUGCGCCUGGUGGCGCUACAGGUGGUCAGUCCCGUUGACUGUUUCUCGCUGGUCCAAAUCUGCGGCGGCAGCGCCGAGUUUGCCACGCAGGAAAAGGCCGAAGGAUUUCUAAUGCAUCUGAUCAUGCCACUGUGCUUGAAAGUCUGCUCCGGUCGUGGCGUCUCUGAUGUGGGCGAGCUAAAGAUGAGCGAUGUCUCUUUUCUGCUCACCGCCGUUCUGAAUGCCAUGAGUCCGCCGGCUGGCCGCACCGGCCAGGUGGUAUCCCAAAUCAAUCGUGUCACUGGAGAUUUGCGCGCCGGCUCCUUGACCUUUACGGGCAGCCGAGAUGCCAAGCGUCCGGCUCGCAUCUCGGGCUCACUCUAUCAGGCCGCGUUCCUCGCAUUGCGCAUCGUUUGCAUCUGCUUUGAAAAUCGCCUAUCCAGCGAAUGGCCACGUAUUGUGCGCGUCAUGCGUGACCUAGGCAGGCGCAACGAGGCGGCGCCGGAUCUUUGGAGCUUCAUGGAAUUCGUAGUCACACACCGCACGCCGCUCUACAUCGUCCUGCUGCCCUUCAUAUUGCACAAGAUAUCGCAACCACCCAUUGGCGAUCACGAGCGGCAUAUGCAGUUCAUAAUUAGAGAACGUCUGCGGGGCACUCCGCCGCAGGGCGGGAUGAAGUCGAAGGGUGCGUUACUGCUUGAGCUGGCCCGCGAGCUGCGCGACCUGCGCGACGAACUGGAGGACAAACGCUAUGCCUCCACAGAUCGCGAGAGCUCCGAGCAGAAGAAAAGCGAUACGCCCGCAGCCACAAGCGCUGCGGAUGUGCACAAGUCACAGCAGAGACCUUCGCUUAUAUCCAUAUUCACGGGCACUACCACCGGCCAGGCCACACAUUCGCAUGUCUCCGCUGUGCCCAUCGAUUCACGCAGCGGCUCUGGCGGCAUAUGCACGCCCAGCGAUACACUCUCCCAGCAAACGCUGCAUCCACCACGUGAAUCGCUGUCCAGCAGCUCCACGAACCGUGAUCCACAUACCACGACCAGUGACAGCCAGAGCGGCGAGGGCGCUGCGGGCUCAGCGCCUACGCUAGUGGGUCAAACACCUAGCUGCGGACCCAGCGGUUCGGGACAUGGCAUGACCGCCGUCUCACCGCUGCCGCACUCGCAGUCGCUGCAGCAGGCGCCGUUCAAGGCACAGCCUCCCAAAUUGCGUUUCGUUUCAUCUGUGGAAUUCCGACACUCCUCCGGCGAGACCUCAACGACGCCACUCUCACCUGAGAGCCCCGCCGAAGAUAGUUCAGGCGAUCACACACGCUCGCGCCUGCAACGCUCAAAGGCAGCCAGUCGCAAAACGUUUCGGCUCAAGCGCAGUCGCCUGACGCCCAUAGAGCCGCCCAGCAUUGUCACGUCACUCUCACAGGAGGAGCAUCAACCUAAGGCCAUUGGCGAAAUAUCCUGGGACUCGGUCUCACAAACAUCAUCCACAUCUGGCUAUCGAGAUAACAACAGCCUGCAGACGGGUCUGCUCUCUCCGGACGGCUCGCUCGGUGGGCUCACACUGGGCCGCUCGCCCUCGCAGCACUCGCUGCUGAUGGUAUUCGAGGGUCAGGACGAGGACACGCUUAUUUAACAAUCACAGAACGGCGACCGAGCCUACGAGCUUUAGGACAGCCUGAACGUAACACUAAAUUAACCACAGAUAUUUUAGCUAGCCUUAACAAUUCGUAGAAAAAUAAAAAAAAGUUAUUGUUAAGUUUUUUAUACUUAAGAUUAGUUGUUUUUCAGUAUGCUUGUGUGUAGUUGAAUUAGGAAAUAAAUAAAUUAAAUUGGUAGCGGUUCACAACCUUGAA